AUGGCUACCUUAUCAAUCAAGGAAGAGGAUAUUCCGCUGCAGAGCGGCAGAAAGGCCCUUAUCACCGGAGGGGCAUCUGGGAUCGGGUUGGCCACAGCCAAAGUAUUGGCGGCUAAGGGUGCCGAUGUUGUUAUUCUUGACAUCUCAGAGCCUGAGGAGACAUUGCCGUCUACAAUUCGGUUCCGCAAGUGCGAUAUCAGCCAGUGGUCUGAUCUGCGCGAUGCGUUUGCCGAUGUUGGUGUCAUUCAUAUCGCUGUUGCCAAUGCUGGGCAGAGUGAGGAUGGUACUUACCUCGCCGACUCUUUCGACGCCCAGGGCAACUUGCUCGAGCCGAAUUACGAUGUUAUUGACGUAAACCUCCGCGGAACUUUGAACUUUGUCAAGCUGGCACUGCAUAACAUGAGAUCCCACCAGACGAAAGGUAGCAUCGUUCUCACGUCGAGCGCUACUGCAUACUUGGCCGAGCAAUCACUACCGGUGUACAGUGGCACAAAAGCAGCGUUGGUAAAUUUCAUGCGCGCCAUGCGCUCUACGCUUCGAGAUAGUGGGAUCACUAUCAAUACAGUUGCGCCUGCCGCAACAAUCACCAAGCUACUUCCAGCGGACUUGGCCGCACCAAUCAUAGCUGCUGGUCUUCCAUCCGCUGUAUCAAACAUCGUCCCAAUGUUCUCCCUUCAUGCGCUCGCUUCCCUCAUCUUCCCUCUUACAACGUCAUCGCCGAAGGUACAAUGGAACUCGGGCGAAAAGAUUAGCAGAGAGUACAGUCCGACCAAUUCAAAUUCAGUAUCUCGAUUUUCCGCCAAGAUUCAUCGAUUAGAGCCCCAAAUCUCUGCCGAAGUAAACGGUUUCUUCUUAGAGCACUGGCCUUUCGAGAACGACAAAGCGCGCAAGAAGUUCAUCGCUGCAGGCUUCUCUCGAGUAACCUGCUUCUACUAUCCUGUUGCCCUUGACGACAGAAUAGGCUUUGCUUGCCGGCUGUUGACCUUGCUGUUCUUGAUCGAUGAUUUGCUUGAGGAUAUGUCACUGGAAGAUGGGUCGGCGUAUAACGAACGGCUGAUCCUCUUGUCAAGAGGCGACACGCAACCUGACCGCAACGUUCCCGUAGAGUGGAUCACAUACGACCUGUGGAACGACAUGCGAUCCUGCGAUAAGGCUCUAGCAGAAGAGAUCUUGGAACCAGUCUUUACUUUCAUGCGAGCUCAGACAGACAAAUCUCGUCUGUCCAUCCAGGAGUUGGGGGAGUAUCUCAGGUACCGAGAAAGAGAUGUGGGCAAAGCGCUGUUGUCCGCAUUGAUGCGUUUCAGUAUGAAGCUGGAUCUCACUGCAGAAGAGCUCAAUACCGUCCAUGAUAUCGAGAUGAACUGCUCCAAGCAUAUUUCUGUUGUUAACGACAUCUACAGCUGGGAGAAGGAACUGAAAGCAUCUCAGACAGGUCACCAAGAAGGCUCGGCUCUUUGCUCUUCUGUGUCGGUCCUAUCUUCUGAGAUCAGCUUGGACUACAAAGCAUCGAAGAGGGUGUUGUGGACCAUGUGCCGUGAGUGGGAGCUAGUUCAUGAAGAGCUCGUGGAAAGAAGACGGAGUCUGCAGCCCUGCAGCAAGGAUUUGCAGUCAUUCAUGAAGGGUUUGGAAUACCAAAUGAGUGGUAAUGAGGCAUGGAGCGAGACGACUCCGAGAUACCAUUCUGUUUGA